CUCAUAACCCCCCAAAACUUCCUAACCAGCAUCUCCCUCUCUUUCUCAUCCACGGGCCUCGUCGAGAAACAAUGGUGUUCAUAGAAGAUCAGCCUACGAUCCCCACCAUCGACCUCUCCCCCUUCCUCUCCCCGUCCUCCCCCCAAUCCUCCCGUGAUGCAGUCAUCACAGCCGUCCGUUCAGCCUGCCAAUCCUACGGCUUCUUCCAGCUGACGGGGCACGGGAUCCCACUCUCCCUGCAACGUUCGAUCCUGCACUGCGCCGAACUUCUCUUUGCCUUACCACUCGCCGAAAAGCAAGCCAUGGCCAUGAGCAAGAGCAUGGGGAUGAGCAAGCGAGGCUACGAAGCCGUUGGCGGGCAGACGCUCGAUGUGAAACCGGACACCAAGGAAGGCUUCUACAUCGGGGUCGAGGUGCCCGCCGACGAUCCCGCGGCCGGCACGUUCCUGAAGGGCCCGAACCUGUGGCCGGGAAGCCUGCGCGCUGAGGACUUCCGCACGCCAGUCAUGGAGUAUCAUAGGCGCGUGCUAGGCCUACACGAACUGCUGUUGCGGAUCCUCGCCGCGGGGCUCUCAGAGCAAGGCAAGGAACUGAUGGAGGGAUUCAUGCAGGAUGCGGUAGCCAAUAUUAAACUGCUGCACUACCCGCCGAAUGCCAAAGAGGGGGCAGAGGAGCAGAGUAUUGGAGCGGGCGCGCACACGGAUUUCGGGUGCACGACGAUCCUGCUACAGCAGCCUGAUCAGCACGGCUUACAGGUCCUGUAUCCGCCGACCCAGACCUGGAUCCCGGUGCCGGCCAAGGAAGACGUGUUCAUCGUCAACAUUGGCGAUCUGCUACAGAAGUGGACCAAGGGAGAGUAUAAGAGUGCGGUCCAUAGAGUGGUGAAUGUCAGUACUACGGAUAGGUAUAGCGUGCCUUUCUUUUAUCAUGGCAAUCUGAGCACGAGGUUGAGCCCCUUGGAUGGAAGUCUUGCUGAUGGGGAUGCGGAAACGGUGGAGGAGCAUAUCAAGGGCAGGUUUAGGAAGACGUUUGGCUGAUGUUGAGACGCUUUUACUCUGGCAGUAUAAGAUGAAGGGGCAUCAAUCUUGCAUCACGGUUAGUUGGGUUGAGACUACUACAGGGCGAUCUAUAGGCAUGUCUUCUCAGCUACAGAGUCCCAAUUAAAUAAUGAAGAUGGGGUAGGGGAAAUCCACCAGAGAGUUCCUUUGCAAGGUUAACAUCAACACUUAUGUCAAAUUUCUUGACCCUUAUUAGAUAGAUAUACAAGUAUUUCAAGGUAUCUCAAGCCUUGCAGGACAACUCGACCCGCG